CCCUUGUUUUCCAAUUACAAUAGGUCCAUGAGAGAACUCUUCCCCACACACUCCGACUGCUCCAUGUUAGAGUUCCACCUCCCAGUCACUCAGCUCUCCUGAUUCCCAGAAGCUCUCCAGUAAAACACUUCUUACCCUGCUCUGCUGCUGCUCCACAGGCCUGCCAGGUCCGACUACAACACUGAGACACUCUGCACUAAGAACUGAAGAACAAACACCCAACGGAAGAGCAGGAUGCAGCGAAUCAGAGAAGGCAUUCACAUACGUACUAUGAAGGCAAAGAGGAAAGUGGAGGAGAUCUCCAAAGAAGAUGUCCAGGCUUUCUUCAAGAAGAAUGCUUUUGUGCUAUUUACAGUUGGGUCAGUUAUUGUAGGUAUUGUUCUGGGAUUCGCACUCCGCCCUUAUAAGAUGACCUACCGAGAAGUGAAGUACUUCUCUUUCCCUGGAGAGCUGUUAAUGAGAAUGCUUCAGAUGCUUGUUCUCCCCUUACUGAUCUCCAGUCUAAUAACAGGAAUGGCAGCUUUGGACAGCAAAGCCUCAGGAAAGAUGGGCAUGAGAGCCGUGAUUUACUACAUGACCACGACCUUCAUUGCAGUCUUCAUUGGUAUCAUAAUCGUCCUCAUCAUCCACCCAGGAAAAGGAUCCAAAGAUGAGUUUGGAAAGCAGCAGAAGAUAGAGCAAGUCAGUCCUGCUGAUGCCUUCUUAGAUCUAAUCAGAAAUAUGUUUCCACCAAACUUGGUCCAAGCCUGCACACAGCAGUUCAAAACCAAAUAUGGAAAGCGAGCAGUCCAUGUGACAGUGACAGUGAAUGACACCCUCUUCAACUCCACCAAUGGCACCCAGGAGGUCAUGGAGAUCACCCGGGAGGAAGUGGUCCCAGUCCCGGGUCAGGUGAAUGGGGUCAAUGCCCUUGGGCUGGUGGUCUUUUCCAUGUGCUUUGGUCUGAUAAUUGGCAACAUGAAGGAGCAGGGCCAGCUCCUAAGGGAUUUCUUCGACAGCCUCAAUGAAGCUAUCAUGCGCCUGGUUGCCAUCAUCAUGUGGUAUGCUCCUAUUGGUAUUCUGUUCCUGAUUGCAGGGAAGAUCGUGGAGAUGGAUGAUCUGACACAGAUGGGCGGCCAGUUGGGCAUGUAUACCAUCACAGUUAUCAUUGGCUUACUGAUCCAUGGAGUUCUUAUUCUUCCAACUCUGUAUUUUGUCAUCACUCGGCAAAAUCCCUUUAUCUUCAUCGCUGGGCUCCUGCAAGCUCUGGUCACAGCCCUGGGGACCUCCUCCAGCUCAGCCACCCUCCCUGUCACAUUUAAAUGUCUGGAGGAGAACAACAAGAUUGACAAGCGGAUCACCCGCUUUGUGCUGCCUGUGGGAGCCACCAUCAACAUGGACGGAACAGCUCUAUAUGAGGCACUGGCAGCCAUCUUCAUUGCCCAGGUCAACAAUAUGGAGAUGAACUUUGGUCAGAUCAUUACCAUCAGUAUCACAGCAACUGCAGCCAGUAUUGGAGCUGCUGGCAUCCCUCAGGCAGGCCUGGUUACCAUGGUUAUUGUACUGACCUCUGUCGGACUUCCUACUGAUGACAUCACUCUCAUCAUUGCGGUUGAUUGGUUUCUGGACCGUCUGCGUACCACAACCAAUGUUUUGGGGGACUCAAUCGGAGCCGGCAUCGUGGAGUUCCUGUCUCGACACGAGCUCCGCUGCAAAGACGUGGAAAUGGGAAACUCCGUGCUGGAGGAGAGGGAGAGGAAGAAACCCUACAAGCUCAUCUCCCAGGAUAGUGAUUUUGAAAAUGACAAACGAGCUCACAGUGAAUCAAACAUGUAGUUCAGCUCUCAACAUCUGCUACACCCGUUCACAUGCAUAAAAACUUACAGCUGGUUCUGUUUUGGGGAGUAGGGACCUAAUUGUCAGAUGUUAAUAUUAUUUCACAUGUUUGAUUUGUUAACAUUCCUUAAGUAGCCUAUUAUGUUCUAGAAGUGAAUUUCUUACAUUCCCCUUUCAUCCAAAAUAACAUUGACGUCUGUUAUAAAUGCAUCUGUCAUUUGUUUUACAUAGGACUGGUAGUUUGUUUUGUAUGUUUACUACUUUAAUGAAUAUUUGAAUAUAUUACCAUCAUGUGGAUGUUGAGAUGAGAGUAUAUGUUUAGCUAGGUACUGGAUGGAGGAUUUAAACUCUGCAGUGAAAGCGAUGUUUUAAACUAAACCAUGGAGUGAUUGCUUUUGAAGAUAAUAUAUGAAGAAGAAUUAUAUAUUCUGAAUUUUAUCAUUUUGUCACCAGACAUAACUCAAAAUAAAUUAAAAAUGUAUCUAUAUUGUCCCAACAUUAUCUGGUUAAUAUUGUGGUUAUUACAGGUUAUUACAAGCAUUUUGUGAUUUUAUGUUUCAGUGGUACAGACUUACAGAUUCUAUCACACACCUAGAAUUGCAAAUGCAUGUGUGUGCACAUUUUGACUGUGAAUGAUUUGCUGAUUUUUUUUCCCUUUUUUUUUUAACCAAUGUUGCUCAUUUAAUGACUAAAGCCUGUAUGAGACAAGUGAAACUGUUGAGUGGUUAAAACAUGUUAAAGCCUCUGAUUUUGAUAUGAAUGUGUGAAACAGAUAUUUAAGUCUUGACUGAAAUUCAACAACUUUUGGUGAAAACUGUUGUCUUGGUUUUUGUUUAUUCAGUGAAAUAAAUAGAAAA